AUUCCUUGCGGCCUUCCCGUCAGUCUUCGAUGUCUCCCUCAAAGACCUAAUGGACCAAACAAUCGGGAAAAUAAUCGCACAGCAGCAUAUAAUAUCAACCAACAAGAAAACCUGAUUCCAAGUUACCCAAUCCUUGAUAAAGGGACCAGUCUCCCCAAUAACAAUCGAAGCAACAUUUGCCAAGACUUGCAAUGGGAUCACAAUCAUCAACACCUUUUUCUCCUUCUCCUGCAAAAAUGGCUUCAAAAACGACCACCCGGUACCAAUCAGAACAAUCACAGUGAACAGCAACACGCCACGAAUAAACUGGAAAAUGUAAAACAAUACAUCCCAUCCGUGAGGCGUCCCUGUGACCUUCACGUAAUGUUUGUCCUCUGCAGCACAGAGCAAAUUCAGUGCCUUCAUAAUCACAAGAAGCCCCAUGAGAAAAUGAAUCCUGUGCACAGACUUCUUAUUUUGCAAGCAGGUAUAGAUCCAAUAGGCCAAGAACGCAAAAUACAGAACAGAAAAGCAGAAAUAGAGCGACGGCAAUUGGAUUCGGGGGCGCAAUUGGCGAAGAACAGCGAGUACUCGUUCGGGGCGGUGAUCGGGUACGAGUGGUUGAACGAGGAGUGGGGCGGAGGAGACAGAUCUCGGAAAGUGAAGAGAAGAUUGAUGUACUUGGAGUCGAGGACGCAAAAGGAAGGGUUCGAUUGGAGCUCGAGGAGCACCUGGAUCAGGGAUUCUUCGGAGAGGAGGAAGAAACCUAACCUGGAUGGGUCCGGCGAGCCGACGGCGGACAUGACGGAGACCGCCGAGACGGUGAUUGUGGCCUGUCCGGUGUGCGUGAAACCGAAUCGCUCGAAGAGGAUCAUGGGCCGGGAAUCGGCGGAUAUUUUGAGGUUCUUGAUCUCGGCGGAGGCGAGGGGCGUCAAGAAUAGUAGGAUCGGGAGGAGAAGGAGGAGCUUCGCCAUCUCGAUCGGAGAAACAGAGGGGGGAUCAGGAACGGCGGCGGCGGUUGAGCGGAGGAGGAGAUUGUGA